AUGAAGCGAGACGUCCCAUACCUAGGCAUCUUGAGCCUCGCAUGUAUCUUAUUCUUUGCUCUAGUUUCGGCGCAAUCCGACUCGAAAGUCAACGCAUCGUUAGUGACUGCAAGCAAGAAAAAUCCCAAGGAAUGCGAUUGUUACACUGUAUCUGGUACUGACCCAGGGUACUUCCAACACUACAAGCUUUGGGACUUUCGAUCCGUUCCUCUGAGGCAACUUGAUACGGCGCCACCAGAACCGGAGGAACACGAAGACGAAUGGACAGACUUGGUGGAUGCAGGUGACGAUUAUUAUGAGGAUGAUGAUGACGAGGAGGCCGGGGACAAUCAGAAUCCACAGGAAGACUCUCUCUUCUUUUACAAAACCGCAUUCGACGAGGACUGGGUCAGCCAAGGAUGGCACCGUCCCGGAAGCCCCAAAGCACCAGUGACCAUGGUCAAUUCCAAACGAAACGUCUUUAUCACUCGAGAUCACGAAGACGAUGACCCGGAGGCAACGUACCUCGUCUUGCGCACCGUCCGCCAUCCCCACUUCACAUCCACCGCUGAGAUCGAGACCCGCGUGCACAACAUCUUCCGCUGCUCCCUGCGUAUUCGUCUUCGAAUUUUGCCGGCCAGCAUGCAAAUAGCGCAGCCCCCUUCAGAUCAACGGCAGCCACCACCGGAUCCAAACCAGUCUCCUACACCAGCCAUCAACAAUGAGCCCAUCUUCGGCAACACAACUUCGCCUUUACCUCAAGAUACAAUGGAACCUCCUUCCGGUGCCUGCGUGGGCGUCUUUACCUAUCACGCAAAAAACUGCGAAUCUGACAUUGAGAUCCUGACAAGCGACCCCAUCAAUCGAGUCCGAUACGCCAACCAGCCGGACUACGAUCCCGUUACAGAUCGCAUGAUCCCAGGUGCAGCAACAAUCGCAGACCUUGAAGUUCCAUGGACUUCCUGGUCAACUCAUCGUCUGGACUGGCUCGGCGAUCGAUCCCGUUGGUAUGUAAACAAUAAACUUGAAGAAGUCAAGUCCUACCGCGUGCCCAAUCUGCAAAGUCGACUUGUGAUCAAUCUCUGGAGUGACGGCGGAUCCUGGACGGGCGACAUGCACAUCGGGGACAAGAUAUUCCUUGGAAUUGAAUAUAUCGAGUUGGCAUAUAACCAGUCUUCGGAUGGGAAUGACGCGGCUGAUUUUCCUCCGGAGAAAAAUCAUGGUGGGCAUCAGCGGCCUUUUGUUGAUACAGCUGGUGUUGCGGUUGACGAUUCCGCAGAGAAUUUCGGGAAUGAGAGCGAGAUUGUUACUGGAGCCACUGCGAAGAAAAAGUCUUGCAAGAAGGGGAAGAAGGGUCGCAAGUGUCGGAAGAAGAAAAAGCAUGGAAAGCAUCGCAAGCCUGGGAAGGGAGGCAAAAACACCGAGCCAAGAUGCCGGCGUGUUUGCAAUAUUGAUGAGCUUCAGUUUGCCUCGAAGAACUGA